UGUAGUGAGGAAGUCACAUGACUUCCUGGGACCGCGUGAUUCAGAACCAUAACAAUGAUCAACGUGCAAAUGUAACGCUGCAAUAAGCGUUUAAGUUAGUCUUAAAUCCUUGAAGUGCAUAUAUUUUAACAAAUGUCACCAUGAUCGUGUUGACUUUUGUCCUUUUACUCGUCACUUUCGCGUGCGGAGCUCGCUACACUGCAGACUGGACGAGUCUGGACGCUCGUCCUCUCCCCUCCUGGUAUGAUGAGGCAAAAGUGGGCAUCUUCAUCCACUGGGGAGUUUUUUCCGUACCUGCUUUUGACAGCGAGUGGUUCUGGUGGCACUGGCAAGGUCAAAAACCUCCUGAUCCCAAAUGUGUUGCUUAUAUGGACAAUAAUUACCCGCCUGGGUUCAGCUACCCGGAAUUUGCACCCCAGUUUAAUGCUCAGUUUUUUAAGCCGGAAGAGUGGGCGGAUAUAUUCAAUGCUUCUGGAGCAAAAUAUGUGGUCUUGACAGCCAAACAUCAUGAAGGUUUUACCAACUGGGAAUCUCCCAACUCUUGGAACUGGAAUUCUGUCGAUACCGGUCCGCACAGAGACCUCGUCGGAGACUUGGGGGAGGCUGUGCGGAACCGGUCGCUGCACUUUGGACUCUACAAUUCCCUUUACGAAUGGUUCAACCCUCUUUACCUGAAGGACAAGCAGAAUGGAUUCCAAACUCAGGAGUUUGUGCUUCACAAAUUAUUACCGGAGUUGUAUAAUAUGGUUGUGAGGUACAGACCUGAGGUGAUCUGGUCUGAUGGAGACUGGGAAGCACCAGACACAUAUUGGAAUUCCACGCAGUUCCUUGCCUGGCUCUACAAUGAUAGCCCUGUUAAAGAUACAGUGGUGACCAAUGACAGAUGGGGAGCCGGCUGUGCAUGUAAACAUGGAGGUUACUACAACUGUGAAGACAAAUAUACACCAGGUCAGCUCCCCUCGCAUAAGUGGGAGAAAUGCACGUCUGUGGACAAGUUAUCUUGGGGUUACCGUAGGAACAUGAAGAUGAGUGACCUGAUGGACCUGCCUACCAUCAUAGAGGAUUUGGUUCACACUGUGGCGCUGGGGGGUAACUACCUCCUAAAUGUGGGCCCCACUCCUGACGGAAUGAUCCCAGUUGUGUUUGAGGAGCGGCUGAGGGGAAUCGGGGCUUGGCUUGAAGUCAAUGGGGAGGCUGUCUACUCCUCGGAACCUUGGAGGGUUCAGAUGGAAAACAGCUCCGUGCCAGUCUGGUAUACAUCCAAAGGGGACAGCAUUUAUGCCAUCUUGACGAGAAAGCCCCCCAAGCCCACUGUGCAGCUUUUGGAACCCAAAACAUCAGCCAACACCAAGGUGACGUUGUUGGGGAACCCGGUGCCUUUAUCUUGGUCACCUAUCAAACCAAAUGCCGGCCUUACGAUUGUUUUACCUGAACUCGCUGACACGGCAGGAAAAGCCUGGACCCUCAAACUUGAUGGUGUCAAGUGAACGUUCAACAUUGCAAGUAAAUAAUACAAAAUGGUAUGUACACAAUGAGACUCACAACACAACAAACAGAACCAUGAACCAUGAUCCCCGACCAAGUCACCGUGGUGAUUCUCAAGCAUGCAUCUUCUCUCGCCAUCUUCUCUCAGACAUUUAUAUCUUAAUGGUAUUGCUAUAUGUGCUAGUCAUUUCUUUUCAAAUGACAACAACAACAAAAAGAAUGUUUCUAUGUACACUAUGUUGUCUUGGCACUGUAUGACAACAGAAGAAUAGGAAAAAAAAAAAAACCCGUCCGGCGUUUCGGGGCGACAUGAUGGAACGAGGGCAGAGGACAUUUUUCGCUUUUGCUACAUUAUAUAGUGGACUAACAUCGGGAAGCUCCGCCUUUAAAUUCACAAGAGGACGCAGUCAUGUUCGACUCGUCCCUCUUUUGUGAUCUCCUGGUGGGCGUGUCCGUCGUCGAUCCCAGAGAGAAAAUACAGUUUGUCGUCCCAGAGUUCUUGUCCCUUUUGUUGUCCAUCAUCCUAGCAGCGCUUUUUAAGACAUGUCCUAACACAUUAAGCUAGUUAUUGUACACAAGACUCACGCCUCGUUAUAUAGAAUAAUAAGUUCAUAAGAAUGACAGCGGUGGUUAUUGUUACCCCCCCUCCCCUCUUUUUAAUGGCGAUAACCACACUACAACUAAUAAUCAUAUUGUAGUAACAAUAUAUGUGAUAUUGAGUAGAGCAAUGUCCGUUGGCAACACGUAUUUACAUUUUUUUUUGUAAACAAAAGAGUGGCAGGGUGUUAGUGUGAUCGUUUUGUUCCAACGUUACAGUGUUGAUAAUAUCUCAGUGCUAAAGGCACAUUGGAGUUUCAGUUACAUGUCUCUUGGCUGCUCUGUGGAUUAGAACACAAUGAUAUUUGCGUGUCCCAAUUGUGCAAUCAAUACAAUAAUGAGGAACCUAAACUAAAAGGCAAUUUUGGGGUAGCGAUUAUUUGUUAGCAAUGCUUCAUUUGUGAGCCCAGUUUUGAAAUUUGGUUGGUAUUCAAAUGACAAUUUUCAAAACAGUAUUCAAGUAUUAAGGCGCACUGUCAAUUUUGGAGGAAAUUAAAGGAUAUUGAAUGCGCCUUAUAAUCUGAAAAAUAUGUUAUAAAUGAAUAUAAGGACAACAAAGUAAAUUGAAAUCAGCACACCCUAAAAAAAACGUCUUACCAAUCAGAGCAGCCUCUUAGAAAUGUCCACCUAAAACUCAAAUCUGCAAGACCCCUCAGGUUCACCAGAUGCGGUCUUCCCUCUUGUUGCGCCUACUCUGGCGCUCUCCCGGUACCAUCAUUUUAAAAAGUACUCUCUUGUGUUUUGUUCUAUUUUUUUUUUUUUUUGAACGGUUGUGUCAGUGUAUAGAGAAUCCCCUGAGGACAGAGGCCCGGCCGGGUCACAAAGGCUGAGGUACUCGGGGGUUGUUCGUCUGGCUCUGAAUGUUUUGCAUGUUUCGGAAGAGGUGACAGGUGUUUUGUGGCAUCCAGUCAGUCUGGUGACUCGUGUGUUGCUGCGUGAUAUUUAUAGCGAGGGUCCUUGCACUCAGAGUGGAAUAGGCGACAU